CCGGCGCAGCUGCGUGGCUGCAGGCAGCUGCCGGCAGUAGCGCGCCAGUCGAGGGCGGAGUGAGUCACGCAUGACUCCCCGGCAGGUAGCAGCACACCGCGCUUUCAUGCCGCCGCCAUGACGCACGCGCCCGAGCGCCGUAGGCGGCCCAGCGAAGCCGCCGCCGCCGCCGCCGCAGACUACCAGGCCGUGCCGCCCCCGGACGGCGGCUGGGGGUGGGUCGUCGUGUUCGCCUCCUUCAUGAUCCACAUCGUCACGGACGGCGUGACCUACUCGUUCGGCGUGUUCUACGAGCAGUUCCUGGUCUACUUCAAGGAGAGCAAGGCGGCCACGGCGUGGAUAGCGUCCAUCCUCGUGGGCGUCACCCUGUGCUCCGGUCCCAUCUCCAGCUCGUUCGUGAACAGGUUCGGGCUGCGCGCCGUGACCGUGGCGGGCUCCGUGCUGGCCAGCUCGUGCCUGGCUCUGAGUGUGCUGGCGCCCAACGUGCUCACGCUCUACUUCACCGUGGGCCUGGGCACAGGCCUGGGCUUCGGGCUGAUCUACCUGCCGGCCAUCGUCAGCGUGACGUGCUACUUCGAGAAGUAUCGCUCGCUGGCGACGGGCAUCGCCGUGUGCGGCUCCGGGCUCGGCACCUUCAUCUUCGCGCCCUUCAUCGGCCUGCUGGUGCAGCGAACCCAGUGGCAGGGAGCCGUGCUGGUGGUGGCGGGGCUGGUGCUGUGCUGCGCGUUCUUCGGCGCGCUCUUCCGCCCGCUGGAGGCCCGUGAGCGGCCGGAGCCCGCGGCGACCGAGGCCAUCGAGCCGGCGCCCGUCCCGCGGCCCCUGGUCGAGGAGGAGCAGCGAGGAGACCGCAAGCCGCAGAUGAACGGCUCGGCCGCCGACCUGACGGCGACUGGAGGAGGAGGAGGAGGAGGAGGAAUGCACCGGCCGCUCAGCCUGGGUCACUUCGCGACCCUGAGGCCGGUUGCGGCGGCGCCCGCCAGGCGCCACGGCGCGGACCGCGAGGCGUCGCGGCUCGCGCUCAGCCAGCCCGCGCUUCUGGGGUCCUCUUCCUCAUCCUCCUCCGCUAACACCACCCGCCAACAACACCAGCAGCUACACCCGGCCUUCGAGAGCCACAGCCUGCGGCGCAAGAACAGCGGCAUCAUGUACCGCAAGGACAUCUUCUACCGCGGCAGCCUGCACAACAUUCCGUACCACAGGUCUGCUCCGUGGCUGAGCAGCGACCACGCCUCGGAGGAGUCCCAGCUGGUGAAGCCCUCGCCAGCGGAGGGCAAGGUAGGGGGCAGUGGGGCGUGCUCCCAGGAGGACUCCUCCAGCGACCAGGUGGUGGUGCUGGGGUGCGUGCCCUGCAGCCCGGAGACCCGGGACACCCUGCGCGAGAUGCUGGACUUCUCGCUGUUCAAGGACCCCGUGUUCCUGCUCUUCACCUGCUCCAACUUCCUCACCAGCAUCGGCUUCAACAUGCCCUACGUCUACAUCAAGGUCCAGGCGACGGAGAAAGGCAUUUCGGAGAACCUCGGGGACUACCUGUUGUCUGUGAUAGGCAUUGCCAACCUCGUGGGACGUAUCGUCCUGGGCUACAUUGCCGACAAGCCGUGGACCAACAGGCUCCUGAUAUACAACGUGUGUCUCACCGUGUGUGGUGUGGGCACGGUGAUGAGUGCCUUCUGUACCAACUUCCUGCUGCUGGCGUGCUACGGCGUGGUGUUCGGCUUCACCACGGGCGCCUAUGUGGGCCUCACGUCGGUGAUCCUCGUGGACCUGCUGGGGCUGGACAGGCUCACCAACGCCUUCGGCCUGCUGCUACUGUUCCAGGGCGUCGCGUCGCUGGUGGGGCCGCCCGCCGGAGGGCUCCUGUACGAUGUGCUGGGGUCGUACGACUACGCCUUCUUCCUGGCGGGCACGUCCAUCGCCGUCAGCGGCCUCAUGCUGUUCUCGGUGCCCUACUGCCGGAAGAGGGGCCUGGUUGGUCGGCGAGACCUCUCCGCCUCGCUCCAAGGAGUCGCGGCCGUGUAACCGCUUCCGUCGCCUUCGUCGCUCGACCGCUCUCCCGCGGAACAGUUGGUCCUCAGAGCCAGCCUGGACGCAGGUUCACGAGAGAAAACAAAAGGCUAUGAACGAUACUUUUUUUUUUAUUUCACAAACACUUUACUUAUGAAUAUUAUAGUUUAAGAAAUUUUUAAGUAAUUUUUUUUAUAAAUGUUACUUGUCAACUAUACGUGGGCUGUGUUUUUCGUGCUUUAAAAAAAAAAAAAAAGAAGUUAAAAGUGAGUUCAAAGAGAGUGUGUGAUGAACCAAAGACAAGUUUUGGGCAGUCAAUCCUCGGAACCGGGGGGGGGGGGGGGGGGGAAUAGAAAAAAACCUUCGUACUUGGCGUGCUGCUGAACGUUAUGGAAAAUGGAAAAGUUGUUAAGGUUUCAGAAUUUAUUGUGCGUGUGUUUUAUUUUGGUUCGCUGUUUCGUUGCUAUCGAGGAAGGAAAUUUGUUAAUGCAUGAAAAUUUUGAAAGAAAAACAUUUUACAGAGGUGUUUUACCAUGUGCAAUAUCAUAUCUACUGUAGUGUAUACACACCUAAUGUAUGUAUAUUCUUGAUAUUUAUCUACACUCAUUUUCACUAUUCCUCCCAAUUUUUGAGAAAUUAAAUAUGACUGACAUAUACAAAUAAAUACACGUACUUGCACACAAAUCCUGUAAAAAAUAUUGUAAAAACACAUUUUUAAUGUGAUAAGAGUAGAUAUCCAUUUAUAAUACAAAUAUAUGUUUUUCUGAUAACUUUUAAACCUUCACAGUUAAUUUAUACACUAAAUGGGUUUGUGUUUGUUGAUUUUUUCAUUAAAAUUUAUUAUUAUAUUGUUAUUUAAUGUGUUAAAUAUUAGAUCUACUUGAGUGACAAAUCCCAUGUUUGAAAUUCAACUAUAUAAAUUUGUUUGUCUGAAAUUUUUAAUACAUUUUAAUACUAUUACAUUUGUGUGUUUUAUUUCAAUUCAGUUUUUGAGGGCACAGAAAUAUAUUCUAGUGUUGGCAUGUAAAAGCAAUUAAAUUAUUUCUUAUGAAUGUCAGAGGACACUAUUGCUGACGAUUAUGAUGAGUCACAUUCAUUCCUAUUCUCACACUUUCAAGAUAAAAUUGAAACAUUGUUUUUAAACAAACUGGCAGUUUUGUGAAUUAUGUUUUAAGUGCCUUUGUAUAAACAGUAUUGCUUUGUCGCGUGUGAUUUAAAACAAAACAAAGCCAACAGGUAAAUUACAUAUAAAGUUUACAGCAAAUGAAUGAUAAAAAUAUUUUUUAAGUUAUUUUAACUCCCCCAAUUUGAUUGCUUGUAAAUAACUAAGAACAUUCUUGUGAAAAAUUAAUACAUUAACUGAGAUUGUUUUGUUUCUUAUGUUGUUAAAAAGUCUGAAUAGGAUGUUCUAAAUUUACUGAUAUCCAAAACAAUAGUGUUUAAGUAUCUAAAUCUAAGAAUGAUUAGUACAUUUUUGCUGUUGAAAGCCUCCUACAUUAAACUCUAAAAAAAAUUCCAUUUUGUAACUAUCAACUCAACACUACAUUCUACAGAAAAACCAUUUUAUAGUGAAUCUUUGUAAAGCAAAAUGUUUGCUAAUUCUUAGUCCAAACUGUACCGAACAAAAGGAUUUUUUUAACUCUUUUUGUCAAUCUUAUUUUAUCCCUCAGAAGAAAACUUAUUUAUAACCAAGACAUUGAAUUUACGUUUCAUAUUAGUUUUUUUUUUCUGUAUUAAAAUGAUUAUGACAAAAAUUGAACAGUCUAAAAUAUUUAAUGGAAUUAAACAAAUAAAGAAAUUUCUUUGAUUUAAAUGAAGUGACAUUAUGUAUAACAAAGUGCAAAGUUAGGAUGUAAAUACAAGUGAUUACUGACAAAGCAA